AUGACGAUGCAAUUGGGGAGAAGAUGCGGAUUAGGAAAAUGGGAACGAUUCAAUCAGAACGCACUACGCACGCACACACACACAAUGCACACGCAUGCGCGGGAUGAACAAAAUAAUGGCCUCGAGAAAAAGGCGCUUGUAAUCCCGGCAUCUCACACCAACAUACUCGCGCGGCACCAGAUUCAAUAUUACGCCUACUAUCGAAUCAGACCACAGUGUUCAUCCACGUACAACACACGCGCAAUUUCGCAUCAUCGGGAAAUAAACCCAAACACGGCUCUUGAAAAGAUAAAAAAGAAAAGAAGAGAAAAAGAGAGCAAAAGACACCAGUG